AUGGCCCAGGAAAUUGAGAAGAUUUUUGGGGUGUUGCAAACUGCUGAAGGUGCCAAGGUUGGCAUGGCUACUUAUAUGUUGAUUGGGGAUGCUGAAUAUUGGUGGAGAGGCGUCAGGGGAAUGAUGGAAGCCAACAACGAAGAAAUCAACUGGAAUUCUUUCCGGACUGCAUUCCUCGAGAAGUAUUUUCCUGACAGUGCUCGUGAUGAGCUUGAAUCACAGUUUUUGAAUCUUAAACAAGGGAGCAUGACCCGCUUUGUGAGGGGACUGAGAGCCGAUAUUGAGGAUUCCGUGAGGCCGUUGGGAAUCACGCGUUUUCAGUCGCUUGUUGAGAAGGCUACAGAAGUCGAAUUGAUGAAGAAUAGGAGGUUGAACCGUGCUGGAGUUGGGGGACCAGUGAGAUCGGGUUCUCAGAAUUACCAAGGAAAAGGGAGAUUUCAGCACAAGAAACCAUAUCAACGUCCUGCUGGGCGAGGGUUUGCCUCAGGAUCUUACAAACCUAUGACUGGUACUGCUGGAGGUUCUGGAGAUCAGGCUGCGAACAGGAAUGUAAAUUGUUUCAAGUGCGGAAAGCUGGGGCACUAUGCUAAUGCGUGCAUAGACACGAGGCCUAAGUGCUUUAACUGUGACAAGUUUGGGCACACUGCCAGUCAGUGUAGGGCACCCAAGACUGAACCGUCUGUCAACACUGCUAGAGGAAAGCGCCCUGCCGCCAAAGCAAGAGUUUACACCAUGGAUGGUGAAGAGGCUGAAGGAGUUGAUGUUCUGAUCAGGGGGAAUUGCGAGAUUGACGAGGGUAGAGGGAAUCCGAAUGUGAAUGACAUUCCAACUGUAAGAGACUUCACCGACGUAUUUCCUGAUGAUGUACCUGGAUUGCCGCCUAUCCGCGACAUCGAGUUUGCUAUUGACAUUGUACCAGGAACAGGGCCAAUUUCGAUUGCACCAUAUCGUAUGGCACCUGCAGAGUUAGUGGAAUUAAAGUCUCAGAUCGAAGAUCUUCUGUCUAAAGGAUUUAUCCGUCCAAGUGUUUCGCCUUGGGGAGCGCCAGUUCUAUUGCGAUUUGUCGUAGUGUUUAUCGACGAUAUUCUGAUUUAUUCAAAGGAUGCUAAGGACCAUGAGGAGCACCUGCGCCAAGUUCUGCAAGUGUUGAGAGAGAAGAAGCUGUAUGCUAACCCUUCCAAGUGUGAAUUUUGGCUUGAAGAAGUGAAAUUUUUAGGCCAUGUGAUCUCUAAGGAAGGUAUAGCUGUGGAUCCAGCAAAGGUAGAGACAGUAUUGGCUUGGGAACAGCCAAAGACUGUGACGGAAGUCAGAAGUUUUGUUGGUUUGGCGGGAUACUAUCGUCGUUUCAUCGAGAACUUUGCCAAGAUUGUUGGACCUUUGACUCAACUUACGAGGAAGGAGCAACCUUUUGCAUGGACCGAAGCUUGUGAAAUGAGUUUCCAGACGAUGAAGGAACGUUUGACGACGUCACCUGUGUUAGUUCUGCCACAACCAGAGGAACCGUAUGAGGUUUAUUGUGAUGCUUCGUAUCAAGGGUUGGGAUGUGUGUUGAUGCAGCAUGGGAAAGUUGUAGCUUAUGCUUCACGACAACUGAAGACUCACGAGAAGAACUAUCCGACCCAUGACCUGGAAUUAGCUGCGAUUGUAUUUGCGCUGAAGAUUUGGAGGCAUUACUUAUAUGGGUGCACUUUCACUAUAUUCAGUGAUCAUAAGAGUUUGAAGUAUCUGUUUGACCAGAAGGAGCUGAAUAUGAGACAACGAAGAUGGAUGGAAUUCAUCAAGGAUUAUGAAUUUACUCUGCAAUAUCAUCCUGGAAAGGCUAAUGUUGUUGCUGACGCCCUGAGAAAAUAUAUUGCGGAUCCGACACACGUUAUCGAGCUUGAUGACAUCGAGUUAAGGGAUGACUUGUCGUUCGAGACGCUGCCAAUUAGCAUUGGUGACACAAGGAUAAAAAAGUUGAGGGGAAAGGAGAUUGUGUUGGUAAAAGUCAUAUGGAACAAGGACACUGGCGAUGCGACAUGGGAGCUGAAGGAAAAGGUUAAGGAACAAUAUCCGGAACUUUUCACUGAACCUUAA